AUGGAAAAAGUUAAUUUUACCUCAGGCUUUAUCCUUCUGGGUUUCUCAGACUUUCACUACAACCAUGGUUCCUUCUUCUCCACCAUUCUGGUCAUAUACAUCCUCACAUGGACUGCUAACUUACUUUUAAUAGGUUCUAUUAAACUUUCUCCACAUUUGCAAACACCAAUGUACUUUUUCUUAGGUAACCUGUCAGUAGUGGACAUCUCUUUCUCUACAGUGACUGUUCCCAAGCUACUGUCCUGCAUUCUUCAUGGAGAAGACUCAAUCUCUUUUCAUGGUUGUUUCCUGCAGAUAUUCUUCUUCAUUCUUCUGGGCACCACUGAGAGCCUUCUUCUGUCAGUUAUGGCGUUUGAUCGUUAUUUGGCUAUUUGUUACCCUUUACGUUACACAUUAAUAAUGAAUGAUAAGCUGUUGUUCAUGCUGAUUGUUGGUUGCUGGGUGGCAGGAUCUCUACAUUCAUUAUUGCACACUUACAAUGUGUCACAAUUAGCCUACUGUGAGGACAGACUGAUCCCCCACUUCCUCUGCGAUGUGCCACCCCUCAUCAAACUGUCCUGCUCCAGUACUACACUAGAAGAGCUCUUUAUUUUCACAGAAGGUUCUAUGGUUGUUACUAUUCUAUUUCUUUUUGUGCUCAUCUCCUAUGUGCUUAUUGCAAGGGCUAUCCUGAAAAUGAUAAACAAAAGCAGCCGCAGCAAAGCUUUUUCCUCCUGUUCUUCUCAUCUCAUUGUGAUUUGUCUGUUCUAUGGUACCAUCAUUUUUAUUUACUUCCGUCCUCCCUCAGACUACUCCUCCCAAUAUGAUCGCAUUGUUAGCAUGGUUUACACCAUCAUUACACCUUUGCUGAAUCCUUUUAUUUACAGCCUAAGGAACCAAGAUGUGAAACAGGCUCUGAAGAAACUCAUCGUGCAAUGCUUUUCUCACAGCUAA